AUAUGUAAACGUACAUCAAAUGCAGAUGCAAUACAACUCAAUAUAAACGCAAGCAUCCUUAAACAUUAUCUUGUUAAAUUCUCAUCAUGUUCCUAUAUAGUGAUGUUUGCGAGUAUAAGAAGAGUAGUAUCAGCGUAUGUGCAGUGUGCAGUGAGACACUUCACAAGAUGAAUGUCACCGUCAUUCCGUUCUUCCUAGCGGCCAACGUGAUCGUCAAUGAUACAUCGGAAUGGGUUUUUGGACCGGAAUAUUUCUACAAUCUGAACUUAAACACCACUUAUGUAAACGUCCCGGAAAACUUUUCCAUGCCUAACGAAGUGCGGUUGUUCAUGACGAUGAAGUGUCGUCCUAAAAUACCGAACCGUCUCCUUUGUCUCAUUCUGAAUUCAACGUAUACAGAUUCCUACAGAGGACUCCUGCAGAGCUUGACAAGAACGACCUCAUUUCCAUCGUUCGAGAUUAAAUAUAACAAACGCGGUAUAGAGAGUCUAUUAAUCAACUCAACAUUUGUGAAUGCAAAUGAGGGAAAGUUCAAUGUCAUCAAGAGAAUCGCCAAUCAGUUGAAUCUAGGUGUCAAUCUGAAAAGGAAUCGCGACACAUCACGUUUCAAAGGCGUGGAGAACACGUCAAUGGGUAUUUGCACGACCAGAUACGAGAUCAGCCGUAAUGAAUCCGAAACAGAGCCGGUCAAAGAGAAUAUCGAUUUUACACUCUUCGUACUACCGAUGACUGACGCAAAACCUGGAACGACUGUUUCAAUCGAGAAGUAUAGAACGAGAUGCAUCAAUUCACCGCGUCGUUUGUAUUCGCGAGUCUUAAAAAUGGAGAGAUUCUUCAGCAAGAUGCAGAUCGGCGACGGAUUCGAAAGCUUCAGCAAACUGGAUGGAAAAUUAAGAACAUAUUCGACCCACUCUAACGAAACCUUCCUUUUACCGUUUAACGAUGUCAUGCAUCUCAAUCUAAUCAGCAUCAAGCCCGCACAAAAUGACAUUCCUAAUAUUGACUCUGGCAAAUUGUACGAACUAAAUAUUAACACUGCACCUGACCAAGAAAGUUAUGAAUUAUAUGAAUAAGAUAAGCGCGCUUUAUAUGGCAUUCAUAGAUAGAUUAUGUAUAUGAGAAAAAUUUGUCAAUGUUAGAUGUUUAAUUAAUUUAGAUGAAUUCUGUGAAUAAAGAUUAAUAUACAGCAUUUCGUGAAA